AUGACAGCUUCUAGUUCUAAGUAUUUGCAUUCGUAUACUUCGUCUAUCUCAUUCUUCACUGACACCAACUUCUCAGAAUGGAAAGAGAAUGUUAAGUUCACUUUGGGUGUGCAGGAUAUUGAUCUUGCCGUCCAAAUUGAAAAGCCAGUUGUAGAUGAUAAGAGUUCCAUUGAAGAUAAGGAUAUCCUAAAAAAAUGGGAGAGAAGUGAUAGGCUGAGCAUACAGUUGAUGCGAAUGCACAUUGAUGAAAACACUAAAGGAUCGCUUUUCGAACCUAAAAUUGGUAAGGACUUUAUGGAAAUCGUAAAAGAACGCUUUAAGAUAGCGGAUAAGUUUCUAACUGGGAAGUUGAUGGUUGAUUUAACCACCACGAAGUACAACAAUGCACCUUCAAUGCACCAGCAUGUAAUUGAAAUGCGAAACAUUGCUACUAAGCUUACUGAGAUGAAAUUAAUUGUGCCUGAGUACUUUCUUGCCCAAUUCAUUCUCAAUUCGCUUUCACCUCAAUAUGCCCCCUUUUCAAGUGCAUUACAACACAAUCAAGGAAAAGCGGAUUGCAAAUGA